CCUCGCAAUUCGACAUCGGAUCAGAUUCGUCGCCUCCAUCCUGAUCACGACAUAAGACUGGAGGAUUCUCCUCGAGAUUAAGCUCUGAUCCCCGGUCGAUAACCAAAUCCGCACACGCCAGACGGAAUGACUGAAGACUCGCGGAGCAUCGCUCGGGUUUACCCUCAUGUGAACGAAAAGCUGGGUCGAUCGUGGUGGGACUACGACAACUUGUCGGUACAAUGGGGUACCCAGGAUCACUACGAGAUCGUCCGUAAAGUCGGUCGGGGUAAAUACUCUGAAGUUUUCGAAUCCAUCCACCUCCCGUCCUCGUCCAAAUGCAUCGUCAAGGUGCUCAAACCCGUCAAGAAGAAGAAGAUCAAGAGGGAGAUCAAGAUCUUGCAAAACUUGGCCGGCGGGCCGAAUGUCAUCGCGCUCUUGGACGUCGUUAGGGAUCCUCAGAGCAAGACCCCCUCAAUCGUUUCGGAAUACGUCAACAACACCGACUUCAAGACCUUAUACCCCAAAUUUUCCGACUAUGACGUCCGAUUCUACAUCCUCGAGCUGCUGAAAGCGCUCGACUUCUGCCAUUCCAAGGGAAUUAUGCACCGAGACGUCAAGCCUCACAACGUCAUGAUCGACCACGAGAAGAAACAACUCCGACUGAUCGAUUGGGGCUUGGCCGAGUUCUAUCACGCGGGCACGGAAUACAACGUCCGAGUCGCUUCGAGGUACUUCAAGGGACCAGAGUUGCUGGUCGAUUUCCAGGAGUAUGAUUAUAGUCUGGAUAUGUGGAGUUUGGGGUGCAUGUACGCUAGUAUGAUCUUCCGAAAAGAACCUUUCUUCCACGGUCAUGACAACUAUGAUCAGCUCGUCAAGAUCGCCAAGGUCUUGGGAACCGACGAAUUGUUUGCCUACUUGGAAAAGUAUGACAUCGACUUGGACCCCCAGUACGACGAGCUGUUAGGCCGAUACGCUCGAAAGCCGUGGUCGAGGUUCAUCACGAGCGAAAACCAACGAUACAUCUCCAACGAGGCGAUCGACUUCCUGGACAAGCUAUUGCGAUACGACCACCAAGAGAGGUUGACUGCCAAAGAAGCGCAAUCGCACGCCUACUUCACACCCGUCUACGAGUCAGGGCAAGGGAUGCGACUUCAGGGCACGGGACAGUAGUCAAUAAUAGAAAGAUCAGAACUCGGAGAAGCUCGGUGUACGAUUGUUAGAGGUGUCUCGUGGUGUUUCUUUGUUUCACGAUCCGGUUCGAGAGAGAUACAUGAUAUGUUCGACAACACUUGUUUGCCAAUAUCACAUCAGUCGAGGUCUGAGUGGCCGUGCCGAGGA